CGGUAAUGCACAUCAAUAAGUUGUUUGCCAAGCACCAUAAAUAAAGAAGUAGAAGCAGCUAACGGGUAAUCCAUGAAGCUAACGCAGGGCUGGGCCAUGUGGUGAGGCCAUGCAGAGGAGACACAGCAGCAACACGGAUGGCAUGCCCUCUGAAAGAAAUCGAAGCCAAACUCUGGGGUCGGAGAGCAGCCUGGAUGACGGAGGCGUGUUUGACUGCCUGAAGCCUGAGUCGUCUGCUUCACCCCAGCAGAUGUUCUCAGGCCUGGUGGGCGUCCCGUCCAGCUCUGUCUCGUCUGCUCAUCUGCAAGCAGCUGGUUUAUUUCUAGGCUCCCCACCUGAAGUUUUUAUCCAGAUGACUGCAUCUUCCAGGGAAGAAGCAGGCAGCCAUAGAACAGAGGGCAGACCGUUCCUCACCCGGCCGCCCCAGCACUACCACCACCACUUCCACCACCAGCCCCUGCAGCACAGAACAUCAUCUCUGCUUCAGCAGGCAACCACGGCAGCAAGCUCCGAGAGGCACGGCUCCAGGGAAGACGCCCAGGAUGAGCAGUCUACCCCGGCUCCAGCUCUGUUGGAGCUGAAGUCUGUGGUUACAUGGCUGCAGAGGGGCUUUCCCUUUAUCCUCAUCCUGCUGGCUAAAGUCUGCUUUCAACAUAAACUAGGUAUCGCUGUGUGUGUGGGAAUGAUCAGCACAUUUGCUUAUGCCAAUUCUACAUUUAAGCAUCAAGUUUCACUGAGGGAGGAGCGAUCCAUGUUUGUGGCUCUUUGGAUCAUCUUGUUUCUCGGGGGGAACAUCGUAUAUAUCUACUACUGCUUCAGCCAGGAGGAGCUGCACUAUAGCCUCAUAUUUGCGAAGCCCAACCUCAACAGCUUUGACUUCUUUGAUCUGAUCUGGGCGGUUGGAAUCACCGACUUCGUCCUUAAAUACGUCACCAUCGGCCUGAAGUGCUCUGUCCUCUUUCUGCCCAAGAUGAUUAUGGCCUUCAAGUCAAGGGGUAAGUUCUAUCUUCUGAUCGAGGAGCUGAGCCAGCUGUUUCGGGCUCUGGUGCCAGUGCAGCUGUGGUAUAAGUACAUCAUGGGCGAGGACCCGUCAAACAGUUACUUCCUGGGAGCAGCACUCAUCAUCAUCUACAGCCUCUGCAAGUCCUUUGAUCUUUGUGGACAAGUAUCUGCGAUACGGAAGGCGUUGAUGAUGCUCUGCAGCUCCCAGAGUUACGGAGUGAGGGCCAGCAAACAGCUCUGCAGCGAGGCUGGUGAUGUCUGCGCUAUCUGCCAGGGGGAUUUCAAAGAUCCUAUUGCUCUCAUCUGUCAGCAUGUGUUCUGUGAGGAGUGCCUGUGUUUGUGGUUCGACCGCGAGAGAACGUGCCCUCUGUGUCGCUCCACUGUCGUCGAGGCCCUGCGAUGCUGGAAGGACGGCACCACGUCCGCUCACUUCCAGAUAUACUGAGCUCUCUGACAAGAUUCAUAGGAUGAUAGGGAUGGGAGUGCGCUUUAAAGGAAGUUACACCAUGCCCCAGUGAACACUCAUACAGAAUGAUAAUUUUUGCAGUUUUCUAAACUAAAUGAUGG